AUGUCCGAAAUUAACAAAAAUUUGUUAAUCAAAGAACUUAAAAAAAUAGAUGUGCUUUCAACAUCUAUUCUAUCUAUUCCAUCAACAAAUAAUUUUUCAGAUUCGACAAAACCAAACAAGAAAGAAGUUGAGCUUUUCGGGAGUAAUAGUUUGGCAAACAAUAAAAGGCAACCAACUGAAUACGAAGAGAAUCCACAACAACUAUCGACGACCGAAGAUAAUGUAAAGAAAGAAGAUAGGUUGAAAAAACGAUCCAGAACAAAUGUCGAUGAUGCUAUCAAUGAUCAAAUGGGUUGGAAUUUAAUAUUAUUAUCAUCAUCCAUUCCAGCAACAGAUUUAAAUGUAGACAAAAACAACCAUAAUUUAUCUGUGGCAAGCUCUUUGGAUAAAGUAGAAAGUAAUUUAGCACCAUCAUUUCCAUUCACUAUAGCAAAAAGCACAUCUGAAAAUCAAAUAAUGGAUCGGCAACAAA